AAUGAUGGAUUCAGUCCUGCUCCAAUGGAUUUGAACAAUGUCACUUUGUCAAGAGAGCUACAGGGCAUGGUGGAGGUGGUUGCAGAAAACUACCACAACAUCUGGUCCAAGAAGAAGAAAUUUGAACUUGUUAGCAAAGGAGGGGAAGCCCACCCGCUGCUGGUUCCCUAUGACACCCUGACCGCUAAAGAGAAGCACAGAGACAGAGAGAGGCCCAGGAGCUCUUCAAGUUUCCUGCAGAUCAGCGGCUAUGCCAUCAUGAGAUCAGAAGGACGUGGUCAGGACUCAUCAUCCAUGGAGAAGCGUUUUACAUACAUGCUCCUCAAAACGCUGCUGAAGUACGUCGACUCUGCCCAGGAGUUCAUCGCUCAUCUGGAGGCCAUGGCCACCAGUGGGAAGACGGACAAAUCGCCUCAUGACCAGGAAAUCAAGUUCUUUGCCAAGGUGUUGCUUCCUCUGAUAGAUCAAACUUUCAAGAACCACUGUCUCUACUUCCUGUCCACGCCCAGCAAGAACCUGAGCAGCUGCGGCUGUGCCUCCAGCAAAGAGAAGGAGAUGCUCACCAGCCUGUUCUGUAAGCUGGCACUUCUUGUCAGACACAGGAUUUCUCUCUUUGGAAGUGACUCUGCAAUGAUGGUGAGCUGUCUGCACAUCCUCUCUCAAACAGUCGACACCAGAACGGUGAUGAAGUCCGGCUCAGAGUUGGUCAAAGCCAGCUUCAAGACUUUCUUUGAGAACGCGGCGGAGGACCUGGAGAAGCUGGUGGAGAUGCUGAAGCUGGGGAAGUUCAUGCAGUCCCGGGCUCAGUUGAAGAGCGUCACGCAGAGCAUCAACUACGUGACGGUGGCGCUGCUGCCCAUCCUCACCGCCCUGUUCGAGCACAUCACCACAUACGAGUUUGAAGUGGAUCUGCUCUUGAAUGAUGUGCAGCUGUCCUGUUACCGGAUCUUGGCUUGUUUCUACUGUCUGGGAACGGGAAAGAACGUCUUUGUGGAGAAGCAUCUUCCUGCGCUGGGGGAGAGUCUGGCGACGCUGGUGGCCGCCAUGCCUGUGGCGUUCCUGGAGCCUCAACUCAACGCUCACAACCCGAUGUCUGUGUUCAACACCAAGACCCCCCGAGAGAGAGCCAUCCUGAGUAUGCCGGACACGGUGAUGGAGAUGUGUCCGGAGAUGCCUCGCCUUGAAGGACUGCUGAAAGACGUCAGCGAUGUCUCAGAGUCCGGUGCUCGCUACUCCGACAUGCCACAGGUCAUUGAGGUGAUCCUUCCCAUGCUGUGUAACUAUCUGUCAUACUGGUGGGAGAAGGGUCCGGAAAACUCCUCUUCAGAUGCCCAGUGCUGCACUAUGGUGACCUCUGAACACCUCAGCAUCAUCCUGGCAAACAUCCUCAAGAUCCUCAACAACAACCUGGGUAUCGAUGACGCCCCCUGGAUGAAGAGGAUUGCAGUCUACUCUCAGCCAAUCAUCUGCAAGGCGGGAGCACAUCUGCUGAGAACCCACUUCCUGCCCACCUUGGAGAAAUUGAGGAACAAGACGGUGAAGGUUGUGGGUGAAGAGGAGCUGCUGAAGGCCGACAGUAAAGGUGACACCCAGGAGGCCGAGCUGCUCAUCCUGGAUGAGUUUGCCGUGCUCUGCAGAGACCUCUAUGCCUUCUACCCCAUGCUCAUCCGUUACGUGGACAACAACAGGUCCAGGUGGCUGAAGGAGCCGGAUGCAGACUCCACUGAGCUCUUCAGGAUGGUGGCUGAGAUCUUCAUCCUCUGGUGCAAGUCCCAUAACUUCAAACGUGAGGAGCAAAACUUUGUGGUUCAGAAUGAGAUCAACAAUCUGGGCUUCCUGACUGGAGAGGGCAAGGCGAAGAUGUCCAAGUCAGGAGGCGACCAGGAGAGGAAACACAAGCGGCGCCGCGGCGAGUAUUACUCCGUCCAGACGUCGCUGAUCGUGGCGGCGCUGAAGAAGCUGCUGCCCAUCGGCCUCAACAUGUGCACGCCCGGAGAUCAGGAGCUCAUCUCCCUCGCCAAGAUACGCUACAGUCUGAAAGACACAGAUGACGAGGUGAAGGAACACUUGCGCCUGAAUUUCCAUCUCCAGGACAAGUGUGAAGACCCGGCGGUCCAGUGGCAGAUGAACCUGUACAAAGACGUGGUGGUGAAGAGCGAGGAACCCGCUAACUUAGAACACACCGUGUACCGAGUGCAGAGCAUCUCAGCUGCUGUCUUCCACCUGGAGCAGGUGGAGCAGCCUCUGAGGAAUAAGAAGCUUGUGUUCCAUAAGCUGCUGUCCAAACAGCGUAAGCGUGCUGUGGUGGCCUGUUUCCGGAUGGCUCCUCUCUACAAUCUACCUAGGCAUCGCGCUAUCAACUUCUUCAUCCCGGCCUAUCAGAGACUUUGGAUAGAGGCAGAGGAAUACUCCUUUGAGGAGAAGCUAGUUCAGGAUCUGGCAAAAACCCCGAUGAAAAUUGUGGAGGAAGAGGAAGAGGAGGUGGCUGAGGUCCAACCAGACCCUCUCCACCAACUCAUCCUCCACUUCAGCCACAACGCUCUGACAGAGAGAAGUUACUUGGAAGAAGACCCUUUGUAUAUAGCGUAUGCAGACAUGAUGGCGAAGAGCUGUGCAGAGGAUGAUGAGGACGAAGAAGAAGAAGAGGAAGUAGAAGGGAAAGAAAAGACUUUUGAGGAAAAAGAGAUGGAAAAGCAGAAGAUCCUGUAUCAGCAGAUGAGGCUGCACGCCCGCGGGGCCGCAGAGAUGGUGCUGCAGAUGAUCAGCGCCAGUAAAGGUCGUUUGGGCCCCAUGGUGACCUGCACCCUCAAACUGGGAAUCUCCAUCUUAAAUGGCGGCAAUGUGCAAGUGCAGCAGAAAAUGCUGGAUUACCUGAAAGAGAAAAGAGAUGCAGGCUUUUUCAAGGGUCUCUCAGGACUGAUGCAGUCUUGCAGUGUCUUGGACUUGAAUGCAUUUGAGAGGCAGAACAAAGCAGAAGGACUUGGCAUGGUGUCAGAAGAAGGUUCAAUCAACAAUCAGCGGGGUUCCAAAGUGCUACAAAAUGAUGAGUUUACUAAAGAUCUGUUCCGGUUUUUGCAACUUCUUUGUGAGGGCCACAAUGGAGAUUUCCAGAAUUUCCUGAGAACGCAAACUGGAAACACAACCACGGUCAACAUCAUCAUCAGCACCGUUGACUAUCUGCUCCGUCUUCAGGAAUCGAUCAGUGACUUCUACUGGUACUACUCUGGCAAAGAUGUCAUGGAUGAGACUGGAAGACUAAACUUCUCCAAAGCUUUAUCUGUUGCCAAACAGAUAUUCAACUCACUGACUGAGUACAUUCAGGGCCCGUGUAUUGGGAACCAGCAGAGUUUAGCUCACAGCAGAUUGUGGGACGCAGUUGUGGGCUUCUUGCAUGUUUUUGCCAACAUGCAAAUGAAGCUUUCUCAGGACGCCAGUCAGACUGAGCUGUUGAAGGAGCUGAUGGAUUUACAGAAGGAUAUGGUGGUCAUGUUGCUGUCUCUGCUAGAGGGUAACGUGGUGAAUGGAAUGAUUGGAAAGCAGAUGGUGGACACCCUGGUGGAGUCUUCCAGUAACGUGGAGAUGAUACUCAAGUUCUUCGACAUGUUCCUCAAACUGAAGGACCUGACGUCCUCUGACACCUUCAAAGAGAACGACCCUGAGUUCAAGGGCAUUAUUUCAAAGAAGGAGUUCCAGAAGUCAAUGGAGUCCCAGAUGCAGUACAGCCAGACGGAGAUUGAGUUCCUGCUCUCGUGCGCGGAGGCCGACGAGAAUGACAUGUUCAACUACAUUGACUUUGUGGAGCGUUUCCACGAGCCGGCCAAAGAUAUCGGCUUCAACGUGGCGGUGCUGCUGACCAACCUGUCGGAACACAUGCCGCACGACUCCAGACUCGCCACCUUCUUAGACCUGGCGGGGAGCGUACUCACCUACUUCGAGCCCUAUCUGGGUCGUAUUGAAAUCAUGGGUAGCGCAAAGCGGAUCGAGAGGGUUUACUUCGAGAUCAGCGAGUCGAGCCGCGAGCAGUGGGAGAAGCCGCAGGUCAAAGAGUCCAAGCGUCAGUUCAUCUUUGACGUGGUCAACGAGGGCACGGAGAGCGAGAAGAUGGAGAUGUUUGUCAAUUUCUGUGAGGACACCAUUUUUGAGAUGCAGCUGGCCUCGCAGAUCUCCGAGCCGGAUGUGGUGGAACAACCGGAGGAGGAGGAAGAGGACGAUGCACACAGCCUCCUGGACGAGCUGGGUGGAGAGGAAGAGGGCGCCCUGGAGUCUGCCUCAGCCUUCACCACCGCAUGCCGCUCGGUCAAGAGGAAGAUCUCCAACGUGCGCCAAACAUUAUCCAUUAAAAACUUCUCCAAGCAGUUCAAGAAAAUCAAGAAGCUGAGCAUCAAGGAGAUCAUCACCGGCUUCUUCUCCUUCUUCUGGAUGCUCUUCACCGGCUUCUUCAAGGGAAUCUACGGACUCAUCUUCGGGUUCUUCCACGUCAUCUGGUCCUCCAUGUUUGGCGGUGGCCUGGUUGAGGGGGCUAAGAACAUAAAGGUGACGGACAUCCUCGGGAACAUGCCCGACCCAACCCAGUUUGGUAUACACGGAGAUGCGAUUGAAGGAGAGAAAGUGGAGGCCAUAGAGUCGUCGGGAGGUUUAGAGACGGCCAUGGCACCUGCAGGAGACACAACAGAAGUGGACAGCAUGCUGGAGAUGCUGUCCGCUCCCAAGAAGGAAGGAGGGAAACAUGUGGAGCUCGGCCUGGGUGACUUUUCUGAGCUGAGCGCAGAGAUCUCCACUUCUGAACACAAGAAGAAAGCUGCUGCUAAGUCUUUUGAAGCCCCCGAGAACGAACCGGAGAAAGCAGACUCAGAGAACCAGGAGAAGGAGGACAAGCCAAAGAAGGAAGAAGUGGAGGUGAAGGAGCCGGUGGCGGAGGAGAAGCCCAAAGCCAAAGCGAGUCCCCCCAAAGACGCGUCUCCAUCCUUCAUGCUGAGCAUCUUCGCUUUUCUGAAAAUCUUCGUCACCAAGAUGCUGAACUUGCUGGCUCGUAACUUCUACAACGUGCGUUUCCUGGCUCUGUUUGUGUGUUUCGCCAUCAACUUCAUUCUUCUCUUCUACAAGGUCACUGGCGAAGCUGAGGCAGAUGAGGAGGACACCUGGGACGGCGAUGAAAAUAACGCGGACACAUUUUUCGACAUGGAUGAGUUUGUCCUGCAGGAGAGCACCGGCUACAUGUUACCCACGCUGCGCUUCCUCGCUGUUUUCCACACCGUCAUCUCACUCGUCUGUCUCUUCGGGUACUGCUUCCUCAAGGUUCCUCUGGUGGUGUUCAAGAGGGAGAAGGAGAUUGCGAGGAAGCUUGAAUUCGACGGUCUCUACAUCACCGAGCAGCCGUCCGACGAGGACAUCAAGGGCCAGUGGGAUCGACUUGUCAUCAACACCCCGUCUUUCCCCAGCAACUACUGGGACAAGUUCAUCAAGCGCAAGGUGAUCAAUAAAUAUGGAGACAUGUACGGAGCCGAGCGCAUCGCUGAGCUGUUGGGCCUGGAUAAGAGCGCUCUGGACUUUGACCCCACUGUGGAGACAGUAGAGAAUGAAGCCUCCCUGCUCUCCUGGCUGAGCUCCAUCGAUACAAAGUACCACAUCUGGAAGAUGGGAGUGGUUCUGACUGACAAUUACUUCCUGUAUCUGAUCUGGUACUCCACCAUGUCCAUUUUCGGACACUUCAACAACUUCUUCUUCGCUGCCCAUCUUCUGGACAUCGCCAUGGUCUUCAAGUCGCUCCAAACCAUCCUGUCGUCCGUCACUCACAACGGCAAGCAGCUUAUGCUGACUGUGGGUCUGCUGGCCGUGGUCGUCUAUCUCUACACCGUGGUGGCCUUCAACUUCUUCAGGAAGUUCUACAACGGGGGGGAUGAGGACGAGCCCGACAUGAAGUGUGACGACAUGUUGACGUGCUACUUGUUCCACAUGUACGUGGGUGUGAGAGCUGGAGGCGGUAUCGGCGACGAGUUGGAGGACCCAGCUGGAGACCCCUACGAGCUUUACCGCAUCAUGUUCGACAUCACCUUCUUCUUCUUCGUCAUCGUCAUCCUGCUCGCCAUCAUUCAGGGUUUGAUCAUUGAUGCCUUUGGAGAGCUGAGAGACCAGCAGGAGCAGGUGAAGGAGGACAUGGAGACUAAGUGCUUCAUCUGUGGCAUCGGGAACGAUUACUUUGACCGGACGCCUCACGGGUUCGAGACCCACACCUUACAAGAACACAACCUCGCGAACUACCUGUUCUUCCUCAUGUACCUGAUCAACAAGGAUGAGACUGAGCACACGGGUCAGGAGUCCUAUGUGUGGAAGAUGUACCAGGAGAGAUGCUGGGACUUCUUCCCGACUGGAGACUGCUUCAGGAAGCAGUACGAGGACCAGCUGGGUUAGAGAGGAUCAGCCUCUGCUUCCCUCUAUCUGAAAGAGACACUGAGCUUGACUUGCCCCUGUUACCAGAACCUGAACACUCGCUGGACUUUCUCUGCUGCCAUGGUGUUGAGAAAAAAAGUCAUUCAUUUUGAAUUCACAAAAAAUCAUGUCUAGAAAAAUGAUUUUAAGACGUGCGACUGGACAUUUCGGGUUUGUGCAUCCUCUUCCUUGUUACCGAAAAGUCACUAGCCACGACGCCUCUUUUAUGCAAAUUAUUUUGAUUCACAUUGCCUUUGUCUUGCUUAACCCCAACCUCUUGCACAAUUUGUUGUGUGUAGACAUUUGAUACAUGCGAAGGGUGACAGCAUGACAACUGAAUGUUUGAAUAUGCACAAUUUCUAGAUUACCGCCAGGAUGUUUGAGUCACUUGUUACCAAUCCACCUGAAUGGAUGUGUGCUGCUAGUGAUGAUCCUGCUAACAUCAAACCACAGUGAGUGAGACCUGAUCUGCCUUUUCAAAUCUGUCAGAUAAAACGCUACAGAAGAUGGUUCUUCCAGGACCAGAGACGUCUCACUUAAGAUGUUUUAUCAAGUGCCGACGUGCCUUAAGAGAAACUAUGCAAAAAAACAUUUAUCAUUUUCGUCCCUCCUGACACAAGCAGUGCUUUAGCUCUGGUUUAGAAUUAGCGGCUUUUAAAACGAUUACAUUAGAUCAUCCUCGUGUAAAUGUUGCUUGGUUUGGUUUUAUUUCUAACUUGUGGUGUCCUGCCCUCUUACAGUAGAAGGGCCCCAAAAAGAGAAAACACAAAAAAAACAAAUCUUGGUUCAAGUGUUUAUUGACGACUAAACUCUUCACUGCUAUUGUAAUGACAUUUCUAUGUAUGUCGUAGCUUUGGCCAUCUGCAUUUCUUUUGAUGAGGGGGAGGAAAUGAAUAAAGAAGUUGACGCAA